AUGGCUCACGACGAGCCGCAGGACAGCGCGGGGCCGUCCUCUCCACCACCUCCGUUGCCAGAAGGAUGGCUUGCGCAAUGGGAAGGUGUGUCGCGGAAGUGGUACUUUGUUCAGCGCGCAACGGGGAAGUCACAAUGGGAGAUCCCAACGGAACCAGUUAUCUUAACACCUUCUACCACGCCCGGGUCAAUCGGCUCAGGGCCAACUCAAGCGCCUGAAUCGGGAAUGCAGUCGCUAAGUCCCCAGGCCAUAGCGGCAGGCUCGCCAGACAUGGAUGGAACUAGGGGUUUCUUCAGUAACUCUGCUACGAGACCUAGCUUGUCUGUAUGGAAAGAUAUUAUCUCAUGA